GAAUCAUUCGUUUUUUGCGCUUUCUGUUCUACCGAAAGAAAGAUAAAACAGAUUCAAAAUGGCGAGCUCAUCACGCACAUCCUCCCCCGUCAAACGCCUCCUCACCGAACUCCAAACCUACCAAUCCGACCCCAACGAAGCCCUCCUCGAACUCGGGCCCGUCAACGACGACGAGCUGAUGCACUGGCGAGCCGUAAUGACCGGUAUGCCCAACACGGCUUACGAAGGCGGCCGAUGGCUCCUCGACAUCCAAAUCCCCUCAACCUAUCCCCUCGCUCCGCCGACAGUAAAAUUCGUCACCAAAAUCUGCCAUCCGAAUGUCGACUUCAAAACCGGCGAGAUCUGUCUCGAUCUCUUCAAGACCGCCUGGACGCCCGCUUACACAAUCAGCACGACCAUGACGAGUAUACAUCAGUUGUUGACGAGUGGGGAGCCAGACAGUCCGCUGAAUGUCGAUGUGGCGCAACUGUUUAAGCAGGGGGAUCUUGUCGGGGCGCAUAGUUUGAUAAAGUUCUAUACGGAGACGGAGAGGUACGAGGGCCCGGUGAGGCGAUGAGCUGAGGAAGAAGGAGGAAGAGGGCAUGGAUGAUACCUUAGUUUUUGUUUUUGGUUGUUUCUAGCGCCUGGUGGUAUUGGCUUUGCAAGAUAAACGGAAAUAAUGAGCUCGAACGAGGUUGUCCCGAACCAGGCAUAAACGCUUCGACUCGGUGCGUAUGGUACGAGCGCUUAAAUCAAGAUUAUAUGACACCUUAUCAAGCCUUCUGGCACAGCUGUGGAUUUCCUGACAUGGCAGAAUGGUGUUUUGGGAUGUCACGAUAAAGUCACUUGAACCGACAACGCUUUUGAGCGCGGCGACCUGGGAUACUACAGAUCAUACUUGGGCAGCCCUGCUCUUCUUUUUAUCGGCUUUGCACACUGCUCUUGAGUUGGAUUGCGGGGAAAGAAGAUAUUUAUGUAGACAAGAGAUUCUUCAAACGCCCUCGUAUGUAUCAUUCGAAUUAUCCUAAAUG